AUGGCGGCGCCGCCCGCGCUCAGCUGGGCGCUGCCCCUCCUGGCGGCGCUGGCGGGCGCCGGCGGCCACCGCUCCUUCGAGCUGCCCGGGGCCCCUAUCGACAACGUCGAGGUGAGCGGCCGCUUCGUGCUGGUGGCGGGCGGCGGAUGCCUCUACGAGGUGCGGUCCGAUCUUUCGCGGUCCCGCCGCGUGGUGCCGCCGGGCGGGCAGGGCUGCGGGAAGCCCUCGGGCGUGCGGAGCAAGCUGCUGCUGCUGACCUACACCGAGGCCGGAGACGACGGCGAGCUGUUGGCCGGCUGGACGCAGGGGCAGGGCAGCUGCGAGGUGUGGCGGCUGCCGGACUACCGCCUGGUCCUGAACCGCACCGAGGUGGUCAGCUGCCUGCCCCGCGGCUCCACGGCCGGCGUGGUCUUCCAGCAAGCGGACGACUGGUACCUGGCGGUGGCGGCCACCUACUACAAUGGCAGGCGAGUGCCUCCCGCGGGCUGCGAGCCGUCGAAGUCGAGCGAAACAGCGGCGAUUACCGUGCGCCCCAUAAAGACCCUGCAGCCUCGCGGAGAGUGGGACAUCAUCAAGUACAACAAGGAGCCUUUGCAUUUCGUGGACGCGCUGUGGUGGGGUGGUCGCCUCUUCUUUCCCUACUACCGGCUGAAGGCCGAACUGGACAAGGACCCAGAGCUGCCAAGCAUGGUGGUCAUGCAUCAGCCGCAUCGCUCUGAGCACAGCUUUGACCUGCAAGGCCAAGUGUAUCUGGACUGUGGUUGCAGGAGCCUCCUCAUCUCCUCCAGCCUCAUCCGCCAGGAAGGACGGGGCUGGUGGGUGGGCGUCUUCCACCACAACCACGGUGACAGGGCCUGGGACUCCACUGCCGUCUGCAUCUUCAGGAUGGAAGAGUUGCAGGAUCCAACCUGUGUGUACAUCACACACUUCUACGCGGGGACCAACUGCAAGGUACAAUCAAUCAAGAAAUCACCCACCUUGAUUCACUCUGGACUAGUGGCUGUUUAUGGCACAGUUGUUUUAAAUCAGAUCGUUCUCUUUCUGGGAACAGAUGAUGGACAGUUACUGAAGGCUGUUCUUAAUGAGGAUAUGAAAUCUAAUUGCCCAGAGAUUUUGUACGAAAUUGAGGAAGAAACCUCUAUUUUUCCCAAACUUCGACUUGAUCCAGUAGAUAGUAACUACAUCUAUCUGUUCUCUGCCAAUAAGGUGAGAAGAAUACCAGUUGCAAAUUGUGGUAGAUAUGUUUCCGAGCAAGAAUGCUUAUCUGCAAAGGAUCCCUACUGUGGGUGGUGUUCUUUGAAUCAAAGGUGCACGUUAAAAGAAAAUUGUACACGUUCAAACAGCACAAAGGGUUGGCUUAGCAUUUCACAUGCACCUGAUAAAGAUCUGAAAAUCCUGCUAAGGUUCCCUGCCAAAAAUCAGAUUUCUGUGUCUGCAAGUAUAAGCAAAACCCUUACUUCCUGUAUAAUAAAAACUGUAAAACCUAUUGAAAUGCCUCAUGAAAAUGUAGUGCUGGAAAACUCAUCCUGUGUCUGCAAUCUCGCUACUCCAGUGGUACUGGAUCAUGAUUGUCUGGUCCUUGAAGCGUCGCUGUCCUCAAGCUCUUGGAAUAUCACAGAAACAUUUCAGUUGGAAAACUGUUCACGGUGCAUACACGACGGUGAGUGUGCCAGCUGUAAGUGGACACGUGUCUCUCCUGCCACUGCCUGCCAGGAUAUUUGCAGUGUCCAAAAUGCUUCCAAGGAUACCACAACAGCCCAGAAAUCAGAGCAUAUCAACAUUCAUUCCAUUGAGCCUUUGUGGAUUUCUACGUUGGGCAAAAGUGAAAUAACAGUCAAAGGAGAAAACUUUACACAUGCAUCAGGCAUAAAACUGAUACUGACAGGAAGCAGUGGCUGUAAACAAGAAAUCAUUAAAGUUAGAAAUGUGAUAAAUGAUACACAAAUGACAUUUGCUCUCCCACCAAUGCGUAAAGAGGCCAAAAGUGUAUGCAUACAGGCUGACGGGAGAAAAUGUUCACCACCAGUCACCCUGCAUUAUGUUUCACUGCCAGCAUGUUUUGGAAUCACACCAAAUACCUCCUGGAUCAGUGGUGGUCGCAAAAUAACUACAACUGGUAGAAAUUUGAAUGUGGUGGACAAAGUGAUUAUUUCAGAUGACCAGAGAUCAAACCUCACCAUCUCUGAGUAUCCUCAAAAUAAAUCUGAGUAUCAUUACUUAUCGCCAAGUCUGAGCCAUGCAACGGAGGGUAAAGUUGUUGAUAUGAUAUUUAAAGUGGAAACUGCCUUUGUACCUUGUGUCAAAUUGCAUUAUCACCCUGACCCAGUGUUCAUUAACUAUCAGCUGCACACUGAGCUGGAUCCUGAUCUGGAAUUAAAAAUAUAUAAAGAAAAUGACAACUUGAAUAUUUCUAAAACUGAGGUAGAAGUUUAUCUGUCAUAUAUGAAUGGUUCACAGACUGUGAAGAUACACUUCAGUGUCCAAAAUAUUACUGAAAAGCCAGACCGUAGCACCAUACUGUGCAAAUUCAAAAGGGAAGGAACAGAAAAGAUUGACUUUUCCACAGUGAAAGUUUUUGUCAAAUUAGGAAAUUUUGAGCUUGAAGUCAAACCAACAUCAUCAUACAUAUAUUUAUAUGUCCUUAUUUUGCUACCUAUUGUAGUGGGUGUCAUAAUUGUGGCAUUCAUAGUUACUAGAUACAAGUCCAAAGAGUUAACUCGUAAACAGAGUCAGCAGCUUGAACUGUUGGAGUAUGAGAUUCGGAAAGAAAUACGCGAGGGAUUUGCUGAACUGCAGAUGGAUGAAUUAGAUGUGGUGGAUAGUUUUGGAACUGUUCCUUUCCUUGACUACAAGCACUUUGCUAUUAGAACUUUCUUUCCAGAGUCAGGAGGUUUUGCGUCCAUCUUCAGUGAAGACAUGCCACAGAGCAGAGACCAAACACGCAAGGAUGAAAGCUUCAACAUGUUGCAUGCUUUAAUUUGUAACAAGAACUUUCUUGUUACUCUCAUUCACACUCUUGAAAAGCAGAAAAAUUUCUCUGUGAAAGACAGGUGCUUGUUUGCAUCCUUCUUGACUAUUGCACUACAAACUAAGCUAGUUUAUCUAACCCAUAUUUUGGAAGUGUUGACAAAGGACUUGAUGGAACAGUCAAGCAAUGUGCAGCCUAAACUCCUGCUUAGGCGAACUGAAUCUGUGGUAGAAAAAUUGCUGACAAACUGGAUGUCUGUUUGCCUUUCUGGGUUUCUCCGGGAGACAAUUGGUGAACCUUUCUAUUUGCUAGUGACAACCCUCAAUCAGAAGAUAAACAAAGGACCAGUUGAUGCAAUAACUUGCAAAGCCCUGUACACGCUUAACGAAGACUGGCUGUUGUGGCAAGUGUCUGAAUUCAAAACAGUGACUGUGAAUGUUAUCUUUGAAAAAAUCCCCGAAAAUGAGAGUGGAGAUGCCUGUCAAACUAUUCAAGUUAAUGUGCUGGACUGUGACACCAUAGGCCAAACCAAGGAGAAGAGCCUUCAAGCUUUCCUUAAUAAGAACGGCUUUCCCUAUGGUCUUCAGCUGGGUGAAAUUGGUCUUGAACUUGUGUCUGAGGAGCAGCAAAGAGAAUUGUUGGAUAUUGAUGGCUCCUCUGAGAUGAUGGAGGAUGGGAUAAGGAAGCUAAAUACCAUUGCUCAUUACAAGAUUGCAAAUGGAGCAACUAUAAAAGUCUUGAAAAAGAAGACAAAUACCCACUCAGAUGUGGACUACUCUGAUGAGCACUGUCAUUUGAUUUUACCAGACUCUGAAGCAAAUAAAGACAUGAAAGGAUCGGGUCACAAAGGAAAGCAAAAAUUCAAAGUGAAAGAAAUGUAUCUGACAAAGCUAUUGUCAACCAAGGUUGCAAUUCAUUCCGUUGUCGAAAAUCUCUUCCGGAGUAUUUGGAGUUUACCUAACAAUAAAGCACCUGUUGCCAUCAAGUACUUUUUUGACUUUCUGGACGCUCAGGCCGAAAGCAAAAGAAUCACCGACCCUGAUGUGGUUCACAUAUGGAAAACCAACAGUCUUCCUCUGCGCUUCUGGGUGAACAUACUGAAGAAUCCCCAGUUUGUCUUUGAUGUUAAGAAAACGUCACAUAUAGAUGGCUGUCUGUCUGUCAUCGCACAAGCCUUCAUGGAUGCCUUUUCUCUAGCAGAACAGACAAUGGGGAAGGAAGCACCAACAAACAAGCUUCUCUACGCUAAGGACAUUCCGCUGUACAAGAAGGAGGUGAAGGCGUACUACAAAGCCAUCAGGGAUCUGCCUCCCCUGACCACUUCAGAGGUUGAAGAAUUUCUAACUCAGGAAUCUAAGAAACAUGAAAAUGAAUUUAAUGAGGAAGUGGCCUUGAUGGAAAUCUACAGAUACAUUGUGAAGUAUUACGAUGAGAUUGUCAGCAAACUCGAGCGAGAACGGGGGUUUGAAGAUGUCCAGAAACAGCUCCAGCAAGUGAAAGCCUUAUUUGAUGAAAAGAAGAAAUGCAAAUGGGUUUGAGCAAAGCACUGCCUCACAGCAUCACUGCGGGGAACUUGAAAUAAGUGCUGCUGCUCCCCAGGCAGUUCUGAAUGACUCUGUACAGGGCUCGAGCCACUUGAACACUGCUUCACUCUGACCAUUCCAUACCCCAGUUUGGGAACAAAGGGUGCACAGGGCUGGAUAUUGGACAUGCCAGUGUGAUGGUGCAGCUCAGGCUGGCACUGGCAGCCCAGAGGUUUUAGGUACUUGAACCCAGGUACUGCCAGCUACUGCCUCUGUAAGCUUCCCACAGACUGAAAAGCAGCUUGUAGGAUCUGCACGCUGCAAGCUCGGAGUUGCCCAUGUGAACCUUUACGUUGCUUUGCUCUGUUUGGAAAAGAGAAAGCUGAUGAUGGUUUGCCACACCCUUCCCACAGCCGCAGACAGGCUGUGGGGUCAGCACGCUGGCCAGCUGCAGGCUCCUUCCUUCCAGGCAAAUGUAGGCUGGCUCCUGUUGCAAUGAAAAGCAGCACCCAGUGACACUUGGGAGAAGCUUGCUUUGCAAGGGGGUGGGGCUGAGCUUUGAAGUGCAAAUGCCACAUGGCAGGAGUUUAGAAAUGGCUUUGCAGGGGGAGCCAACCACAGAUCAGGGCUUCGGAGAAAGGACCUGCUCUGGCAUCAGUCUGUGUUUACAUUUCUGCCUCUCCAUCCUUAGACAAGCUGUGAAGCCCCUGUGAGCAGCUUCCGAGGUGUAACCUCUGCGGCCACACAGAACAGGCAGCUGUGAUGGCUGAGCUCAGAGAACAGCCCCUCUCUGCCAGCUCUGUCAGCCUCACCACCUGUGUGCAGGUGGCUCACAAACCCAAUGCCAGCAUCUCAUUGUAUUUUUCCAGGUUGUCUAAACAAAGGUUUUGUCAAAAGAAGGUUAGUUAGGGCUUGGGCAGCCUGCCCUCAUCCUGCUGGGGAGGUUUUUGAGGCGUGGAUGUUUUCAAAGACCUGGGAGGAAGAAGCAUUGCAUUUGUGGCUGACACCCAAUGGAAGAGCUGUGGUGCCUCUCUGCUGCCACACAGCUGCACUUCCAUGUGAGCUGCAAGGUUUGGUCACCGCGGGCUCUGCUUUGAUUGCUAUAAUGGCACAUACUAAGGCUUCAGCCAGCACCCAAUUUUCAGGCAGGGCUUUGAUCAGCAGCAUCUCCUCUACAAGGUGGGAUAAGGCCCAAAAAGCAUUGCCUCGAGGCUCCUGAGGGCCCCACCACCGGGCAGCCACGUGCUGUCCUCUGCCUUGGUACAACCGGCUCACACUUAGAGCAGGCAGCAUCCUCUGGGUCUUGGGAUGAGGCAGAGAUGUGGCACAUGGCUCCCAGGCAGCUAAGCACUCCAAACAGGCGUUCCCGUGCAGCACUGCCUUGGUGAUGCCCAGAGGUCACAGCACACCAGCAGAGCGGAGCUGGCCAGGCUGGCUGUGCAUGGCCAGCCAGCAGCAGGGGGGGCAAACAGCCAUACCUGGGCUCCCAUGGGAAGAACAAAACAAAACAAAACACGUUGCCUACUGGUCUGUCCCCUCCCUGCCGUACGAUUGCACAAAUUGUUCCUCUUGCAGAUCAGAGAGGGGAGCCGCCUGUCCGUACUGUGAUGGCUUUGUUUUAAUUCAAGUCUUAUACUUGCUAUUAAGUUUACACUUUAUACUUGAUGGAAUGUAUGGCUUUGUUCAGGAAGCUGCACUACAAUGUUGCAGUGCUUUCAGCAGUUCUCUCUUCUGCCAGGCGAGGUGAGUUUCAUUUUAAUGGAAAAGAGCCGAACCAAUCUAACCUGUCUUGCCCUCUGUCCUAAAGGAGUGCACUGUGGCUCGAGUAGCACAUAAACGCAGAUCAGCUGUACUUAAGGGCUGUGAUUUUUAAUGUUCUUAACCUGACCUUUUUAAGCAGCGUCAAACUAAUCAAUGAUAAAGCACAGUAACUACCACUGAAGGACAGGCAUCAGCAGUUUGCUCACUGCACUCAGGCAGACGUCUCACGAGUUGAGCUCCAUUUCGGUUGAUGGCUGGAAGUGCAUGAGAAGGAAACGCGCUCGUUUUGUUCAACAGUGACCUUCUGUACAGGCAGAAGCACAACUCACAGCUUCUGCUUGGAAAGCUGUAAAAUAGAAUCUGUUUGCGUGGGUCUGAUCCUGUGAACCUCACUCUGUGUGUUUAUAUGAUGAGAAAACUGAAACCAGUCCUAUUCUGUAUUUGUACUACUGCUUGUUUGCUGCAAUAGCGUUAAUGAUUUCUAGAGAUUAAGUAUGUGUUGAAGCAGGCCCUGUAGCUUUGCCUACGGCCUGGAAUAGGAUUCUUGCCUUGUAUCGGAGCCUCCUAACCAGCUUCACUCUGUUGUAGCCCAUUUAAAGUCAUGCUGGGACUUUGUAAACCAUGAAGUGGAUCUCACAAAGUGACGUGAAGUAUAAUGAAGUGAUUGUAGCUCUUGUGGUAGGUUUGGGACCUCACAAAACAUUGGCACAACUCCCACCCUCACAGUCUGCUGUUACUCGGACAAAACAAGGUAUGACUAAAGCUGCCUUCUGGCAACCCAACAACUGUAGUCGCGUUCUCUAAAAUGAAAGCAAACCUCUCUUGAACUGAUUUCCACAUGUUUACAGGCAAACAGCUAUUGCAAACAGCUUAUUUUCUAACACUAGCUUACAGAGCAUUAUUUUGCAGUCAUUUAAAGUCAAAUGCUACUAAUGUGUAAAGUAAUUCCUGUUGUACAGAAGUUAACCUGUUGUUUAAAAUGAAUGGUUUGAAAAAAGUGCAAACGACAAAUACAUGUUGGUGUUUGUAUGGGUUUAUCUCAAAUAAAGUGCAUUUGAAGGCU